UAUAUAUAUAAUUAAAACACAGUAGAGAGAGAGUAGAGAGAGAGAGAAUAACCGCCGGAGAAAUGGACGAGUCGUGGCGGAUGCAGAUGGGAAUGGGAAUAUUAUCGACGUCGGCAAAGCCACGAUCGAGUCUUCCUCGGAGGCGUUCGACUGAGGAGACACCUUCGAGGAACUCCGGUUCAGAAACUUUAGAUCCCGAGGAUUUCAGCGACGUCUUCGGCGGACCUCCGAGGAGCGUACUUCGCCGUCAAUUCUCUGGAGAUGCAGAGUUUUUUAGACCGGCGGCGGCAUCCUCCUUCUACGAGGAGAUUUUCCGGAUCCCUGAGACUUUGAUUCCGAUGAGGAGCGGCGUAGGAAGCAGUAGCAGAAGGAGAUUGCCGGAAUUCAGGAUUCCGACUUCUAGUCGAAUAGAGAGAACCGACGAUGGUUUCUACGGCGAUAUAUUUGGUAAGGAAGACGAAAUACGGAGGUCUAGGUCGCGAUCGCUUUCGAAAUCGCACUCUAAGUCGAAUUGUUCGUCGGUGUUGAGUUCAGAGGAUUUGAGUCCCCUCCGGCCAGCGAUCCCUGAAGAAGACGACGUUUCGUUUUCCAUUUUCGCUUCUAAGCUCAGGCCAAUAAAUGUACCGUCAAGAAUCCAUGAGGAACCUCUAUGGAAACAUGGAUCUCCGGCUCUUUCAUCAAAUAAUUAUUAUUAUUAUCCUUCAUUUUACAAUCAUCAAAUUGAACAAGGCCUUUACACAGAUAGCUUUAGAAGCUUGCGUAAUUCAAUCCCAAGAAGGGUUACAUCUCCAGAAACAAACCCAAAUUCUCAUGUGAGUUUCAAGGUAUCCAUAGAUGAUCUAGAACUCAACUCACCUUCUUCCGUCGUCUCCUCCCAAUUUCAAGACUUUCACCAGCCCAAAACAGAGAAAAUGACAAAUGAUCAACAAGAACAAGAGCUGGAUCAUGAUUAUGAUGACGAUGAAGAUGAAGAUGAAGUCAUGAGCUCUUAUGUUAUUGAGAUCAAUUCUGACCAUAGGGAAGGAACAGAGGAAGCUAUUGGUAUUGAUGAAGCAAUUGCUUGGGCUAAAGAGAAAUUCCAGUCAGCUAGCCCAAACACAAACAUGGGCAUGGAAGAACAUGAUAAGAAUCAGUCAGUAACCGCUAAUACCAACAAUGGGUACAUAAACUUGUCAUCUCCUGAGAGGGAGCUUCAGGUCUUAGACAAUGAUAUAAAGGAAUGGUCAGCUGGUAAAGAAACCAAUAUCCGUCAGCUUCUCUCGACAUUACACCAUAUCCUAUGGGAAAACAGUGGUUGGCAGGAAAUAUCAAUAGCAAAUCUGAUGGAGAAUUCAAAAGUUAAGAAGGGUUAUCAGAAAGCAAGGUUAUGUUUGCAUCCAGACAAAGUGCAGCAAAGAGGGUCCACAUUGACUCAGAAAUAUAUAGCAGAACAGACAUUUGCUAUUCUUCAGGAAGCAUGGGAUGCAUUUAUCUCACAAGAUUCAAUCUAGUACAACUACUGCUGUGCCAAAGGUACUGACUGCUCCUAAAGAUUGUACAUUUCUGAAUCAUAGAAAUCAGAAGAAAUAUUAUUUGAUCAGUAAGAUUUUGUAAUAUCCCCUGUAUUUUUUAUUUUAUUUCCCUCUUGAAUAUUUAUCUGAAAUGUGUUCAUGGGUUUAGGGUAAUGUAAAUGUUGGCAUGCUUGGUUUG